AUGAGCUUGAACUUGCCGCAGCAUGGCUGGGACGACGGCUGCCUCGACGUGUACGAGAAGAUCGAGUGCAUUGGCGCCGGGACGUACGGCCAGGUCUACCUCGCUGCCCACCGGGACACGGGCGACAUGGUCGCGCUAAAGAAGAUCCGCAGCCUCAACGAGGUCCAAGGCCUCCCGGUGACCUCGAUCCGCGAGAUCAAGGUGCUCAAGUCGCUCCGCCACCGCAACCUCGUGGGCCUCAAAGAGGUUAUCGUGACCAACGAAGUCGACGAUCCCGACGACGACUUUGCUGAAAAGUGCGGGCCCGGCGCCGACUUUACCACGGGUUGCAUCUACCUCGUGCUCGAGUACGUCGAGCACGACCUCACGGGCCUCAUCGACCGGCAGUACCCGUUCUCGGACGUGGAGAUCAAGAGCAUCAUGAAGCAGCUCUGCGAAGUCCUGGUUGCCAUGCAUGGCGUCGACAUCAUCCACCGCGAUAUCAAGUGCUCCAACCUCCUCAUGACGCCCAAGCAUGUCUUAAAGGUCGCCGACUUUGGCCUCGCGCGGUCUAUUGGUGGCGGCGAGAAAAACUUCACCAACAAGGUGGUCACGCUGUGGUAUCGCAGCCCCGAGCUGCUCCUUGGCGCCACGUCGUACGACUCAAUGGUCGACAUGUGGAGCGUCGGCUGCGUCUUUGCCGAGCUGUACAUUGGCCGGCCGCUCUUUGCGGGCAAGAACGAGAUGGAGCAGAUCCGCCGCAUCUUUGAAGUCUGCGGGUCGCCCACGCAAAGCAACUGGCCCGACCAUGGGAGCUUGCCGUUCGCGAGCAAGUUUGUACCGGACGCCACACUGCCCAACCGCCUCGCCGACUUUCUCAAGCGCGAAACACAAGCGCGGUACCCGACGCGGGAGUUGCCCACGGGCGCGCUGGACCUUAUGACGAGCCUGCUGCAGCUGGACCCAAAGAAGCGUCUCACGGCGUCGGCGGCGCUGCAAUCUCGGUACUUUCGGUCCGAGCCCUUGGCACCGGCCGAUCCGGAGAGCUUGCCGCCCCUCUCCAACUUGCCACCGUCGCACGAAUUUCAAACAAAAAAAAUCCGAAAAGAGCAGGCGUCGAAGCGCAAUCUUUCUGCCUCCAUGUCCAUCUCAUCUGAGAGCCGACCGCUCGGAAGCCCGAGCGACGCACCGCUGCCACCCAAGCGCGCCAAGACCUCAAGCAUUGACCUCAAGUCGCGGCAGUAG